UGAAAACAUUGUUUCGGGACCGGGUCGUGAUAAAUAAUUAAUUGCUGUGAAAAAAAUGUGGGAAGGGGUUAUUUGCAAAUUACGAAGGGAGCUUGCAACUAUAAACCAUCCAACAGCUCGCCCAACUCGCUGCUGUUGCCUAUUGCCAUCAUGCAUCAAAGCAUACUCCCUCCCAGGUAAGUUGACGAAAAAGGCGAAACCCAGGUAGGUAAAGGUAAAGGGAAGGAGAUGGCAGUAACAAGAUCCUUGAAGGUGAGAGUGGAUUGUAAAAAGCUGUCAAAUUCAUCUCCCCCAUACAAAUCACCCCCGUACGGGUUCAGCUUUGUCAGAGGAAAAGAACAACACAAUUUGCAGAUAGUAAGCUGUAGCAGGAUAUCUUUAAAAUAAAAAGAAAUGGGCAAGCCGUGACUUGUUCAUAGACUAUCGACACAGGUAAUUCGGGGACCCAAUAUCACUCAAGGUAAGAUACUUCAGCGAUUCCAGCUCCUCUCAUUGCCUGCUUGAGCUUCAAAACGAUUCGGAUAUCCGCUCUCAGCUCUUACAACACCCUUCCCAAACUUUGAUCUCCACUCUCAAUCUUUGCUUAACCUUCACAUUGAUUUUCGGUCACUGCAGCCCUUACUUACAGCGUAAGACCUUUACUAGUCUUCUCCUUAGCUUGUUUAAACCCCUCCAUCGUUCAAUCCUCCACACUUCUGCCUCGAACACUCCAUCCAUCCACUACACCAACACUCUCAUCCGUCCUCUCAUCGAGCAUCCUCCGAUAUUCUUCUCUUCAUUGACUUCUUGAUUCGAUCCACCCUCAUCGUGCUCCUUACGGCCAAACAUACCGCUCGACUACUCCAUUUGAAGCAAUUCAGAUCCCUGGGAGAUAUCAGUAUGGUCCUUCGUACGGUAGGAUCGUAUAUUCUCUACAAGCAGACCGGAGGUCCGAAAUGGCCAGCACUAGUCUGCCCGAAGGAUCUAGCGCCAUCCUCAGUAGUUGAAAACCAACCCCAUGGCUUCUAUAUCUUGAUCAUGGUAGUCAAGGAAAAGCCGGAAUUCAAAUAUAUACAGCCAGGAGAAGAUUGCCUGUUCAAUCCGUUCGAGGUUGCAAGUGAAGUAGGAAAUGAGGCGUUGGAGAUUGCAUACGACCUGGUUGAGAUUGCCAUGGAGAUUGGAGGAGAUCAAAUCGCGUACUGGAGGAUGUACCUCAAAGACCACUCUCAAUCGAUGGUCAUCGACAACCGCGGAACCAACGAUGGCGAUCAGGUACACCAUGCCGCCAACACCCCCAGGAAUGCAGCAAAGCGAAGAAGAGACAGUGACUGCUAUAACGAGAUCGAAGAGAACAACCGGAACAACUACAUCAAACGCGGGGAAAGUUCGAGCUCCGGAACACUUUCUCCGCACUCUUCUCCCCUCUCGUUGCAAGACCAGCAGACGCAGCGCCCGACGCAUCCCAUGUUCUCAAAUGCUCUUCCACAUGAGUCCAAUAGAGCUAAAAGGCCUAGAAUCGACCAAGGUGACAUUGUCGACGGUGACCUCGGUGAGAAUAGAAACUACGUUAAGUUCGUCGUGGGCCCAGAGCGACAUAUCUUCUUCAUUCCCAAGAAGGCUAUCGAUGGGAGGAGUUACUUCAGCAACCCUCACCUUGGGUACAUGCGUACCCUAGGUGACGAAGGAUGGGGAAUUGAAAUCCCUAGUCUGGCUUCAAUCGACCCCGACUCAUUCCAAUACGUUGCAAGCUACCUCGAGAACGGUGAUUUCGGAAUCACAUGUUUCAGCGAAGAGAACCGCGGUGCAUCGUUCGCCGAAUGCGUGCAGGCUUGGGAAGUCGCGUGCACGCUGGGAAUGCACGAUCUGCUCGAGCACAUCUUGGAUAAACUCCCAUGCACGGCGCCCUGGGAUCCGGCUGAGGUCCUUUCGUUCACGACCAUUGCGUUUCGCAAAGAUGAGGACAUGGGGGGUAUGUUGCCGGAGGAGAUCAAGACUCUCAGGACCAAUCUCACCGACUACAUUUCUCUCCAAUACUACGAUAUAGCACGGAGUUUUGGGGCGGCAUUUCUUGACAAGCUCGAAGAGUUCCCGGAGAUGGCGGAAGUCGUGCAUUCCAAAGUCGCAAAGCUCGAUGAAUCGAGGAAAAGGGCGGAGGAUAUCCGAAGAAUUGGUGACGAUGGCUAA